AUGGAUCAGAUAUUGCAAAAAGCAUCAAACCAGGCGGUGUCCUUUGCCAUUAGGUCUGGGAUUACAUUUGCUUCUGGGUAUGCCAUUAAAACUAUAUCGACGUUUCUAGACAAGAUCCCCGAGUCUGCACAAAGAAGAAUUGAAAAAAAAAGACAGAAGCUCAAGGCUACUAUUGACACAAUAAGUGCAACUAUCGACUUGAUUAGACUAGCCUCUGCACGCGGCAAUACUGUAUUGGAGACAAGUUUGGAACUUGUUGACGACUUGGAUUCACAGUUUAAUGAGUUCGACGAGAAGGUGAACUCGAUCACCAAGAAUUUGACAAGGACAAAUGAGAAAGAUAGCAUUAAUGAAGUCGAAAAUUAUAUGAAGAGUUUGUUGCAGGAGAUCAACGAAGCUAUACCUAUAUUGAAUUUAAGUUUAUUGGCUUCUGGUAUCAAUUUGAAUGGUCAAGUAAGCUUGGAAAAUAUUUCUCCAGGAAGGUUAUUGCAAGCCUCGAAUUAUGUCACGACAAGUGCUAAAAACAAAACAGUGGGACCUGUUUUCGAUUUGGUCACCUAUACGAUUUUUUACAAUCCAAGUCGAUUGAAGUAUAUUGAGGAUGGUGGUACAAUAGAUGAAUUGAGUUGUAUUUCAUGGAAAGAAACAUAUGCACGCAGUUCAAUCAAGAUUCUACACAAGGGAGAGUUCAACUACAUCCUUGAAAUCAAGGAAGAUUUUAACGACGGAAGAUAUCAUGAUGAGGAGGAAGAAACUCCUGGAAUUAAGAGAUUUGAUUUAAAAAGGAUACAAAGUAUCUUUUUUACUGCUUCAGGUAAAUUGCUAAGGUUAGAAGGCAGGAACUCGCCAAUCUUGAUUUUGAAAUUGAUGGAUGAGAAGGAAAUUAAUGAAGAAUGGGUUGCUUUGGGAGAGUUGAACAAAGGUGAAUUCGAUGAGGAGGAUGAAGAAAAUGAAGAAAAUGAAGAAAAUGAAGAAAAUGAGCCUAAAGCAGAGGCAAUAAAGAAUAGUUCUUUGUCAUUACUUGAGUAUAUUAUCAGACUAACCAGAUUGCAACAGAUCAAACAAAAGAGCAUACUAGACCUACCCGAUGAAGUUCUUAAACUUUUUUUGCAUGACCUGCUGUCAAGUGCUGAUCUCCCAAAAUCCAGUACUUGGAUGCACAAACAAGAAUUGAGAUUUCAAGAAACUGAUGCCAAACUCACCAUGGACUCAAACAUCAGUAGGUUGAAACACUUGGAUAUCAAGAAUGAAGAAAACGAAAAACGACAAAAGAAAAAAGGGUAA